AAAGGAAGUCGUGGGUUAAUUCCUAAACUUCUGUACUCGAAUAGUAGAAACACAAACACAAAGUUGCUUGUGUCUAAUUUUAGGAACUGCUGUAGUUGUUAACGGUCAAUUACAUGUGGUGAAUUUCGUGCGCGAGAGAAACAGCUAUAGUGGCUGUCGCGGAAAUCACGUCAAUGACCCCCUCCCCCUCCAGCUUCAGUUCAGAACCACGGUCAGCUCUCAGCGCGUGCCGCUCUCAUUGUCAGUAUAUUGUCAGUACCAUUCGGUACUAAAUUGAAAGACUGCCGGAGGAAACCAGAAAAACAGCAGCCGCGAAUCGUUUUACGACCCUCCCCGUGUUAUCUUCCAUUAAACCCGUUAUGGUAAACGGAGAGUUAAACGAAGAAAACACGUAAGCAGCAACAAUUUAAUUCGGUGGAAGACUACUGGCUGUUGGAGCAGCUUUUUCACUCGCGCUGAGGGGAAGCAAGAACUUACAUUAAAAUGUUGGACCCAUCAUCCAGCGAGGAGGAGGCGGAGGAGGUUGUGGAAGAAGAGCGCAAAGUGGUGGCGGCGCCCAAGGCUGGUGGUCCUCGGGUGUCUCCAAGCAGGACCAGCGAAAGCUCCGGUGGGUUGCAGCCAAGCCGAAGCGCCAAUGCCCGUCCAACGAGCCCGUGCCCCUCGGUGGCGAUCGACAAGGAAAAGGAUGAUUUGGAAAAGAUGCAAAGGGAGGAAGAGGAGAGAAAGAAGAGGCUCCAGCUUUACGUCUUUGUGAUGCGCUGUAUUGCCUAUCCGUUUAACGCGAAGCAGCCGACCGACAUGGCGAGACGACAGCAAAAGAUCAGCAAGCAGCACCUUCAGACAGUGAAAGAUCGUUUCCAGGCCUUCCUGAAUGGAGAGACUCAGAUUGUAGCCGAUGAAGCCUUCAUCAACGCUGUCCAAAGCUACUAUGAGGUGUUUCUUAAAAGCGACCGUGUAUCACGUAUGGUCCAAAGCGGCGGUUGCUCAGCCAGUGACUCCCGCGAGGUCUUCAAGAAGCAUAUUGAGAAGCGUGUCCGCAGCCUGCCCGAGAUCGAUGGUUUGAGCAAGGAGACUGUCCUCAGCUCGUGGAUGGCCAAGUUUGAUACCAUCUACAGGGGAGAGGAAGAUCCACGCAAGCACCAGCAGCGCAUGACAGCAAGUGCUGCCUCUGAGCUCAUUCUCAGCAAGGACCAGCUGUAUGAGAUGUUCCAACAGAUUCUUGGCAUUAAGAAGUUCGAGCACCAGCUGCUGUAUAACGCUUGUCAGCUGGAUAAUCCUGAUGAACAGGCUGCCCAGAUUAGAAGAGAGCUGGAUGGACGACUCCAAAUGGCUGAUCAGUUCACAAAAGCUGGCAGAUUCCCUAAGUUUGUGUCCAGGGACAUGGAGGCCAUGUACAUUGAGGAGCUGAAGUCAUCAGUGAACCUGCUGAUGGCCAAUCUGGAGAGCAUGCCAGUGUCUAAAGGUGGAGAGUUCAAACUGCAGAAGCUCAAGAGAGGCCACAACACCUCCAUUAUUGACAUGGGCCAAGAGGACGAGAAUCAGCUCUCCAAGUCUGAUGUAGUUUUGUCUUUCACUCUGGAGGUGGUGAUUAUGGAGGUACAGGGUCUGAAGUCUUUAGCUCCAAACCGGAUUGUUUACUGCACCAUGGAGGUGGAAGGUGGACAGAAACUUCAGACUGACCAGGCAGAGGCUUCCAAACCAACUUGGGGUACUCAAGGAGACUUCACCACCACUCACCCACUUCCAGCAGUAAAGGUGAAACUCUUCACGGAGAGUACAGGAGUGCUGGCACUGGAGGACAAAGAGCUAGGACGGGUCGUGUUACAUCCAACACCCAACAGUCCCAAACAGUGUGAGCUCCAUAAAAUGACUGUUGCCAAAGGUUGUCCAGACGACCUGAAGAUCAAAUUGGCUGUCCGUAUGGACAAACCACAGAACAUGAAGCACUGUGGAUACCUUUGGGCUAUUGGGAAAAACCUGUGGAAAAGAUGGAAAAAGAGAUUCUUUGUCUUGGUGCAGGUGAGCCAGUACACCUUUGCCAUGUGUAGCUACAGGGAGAAGAAAGCAGAACCUGUUGAACUUCUCCAACUGGACGGAUACACUGUGGAUUACACCGACCCUCAGCCAGGUCUGGACGGCGGUCGGACGUUCUUCAAUGCUGUGAAGGAGGGAGACACUGUGAUCUUUGCCAGCGACGAUGAGCAAGAUCGAAUCCUGUGGGUUCAGGCGAUGUAUCGUGCCACUGGCCAGUCCCACAAACCCAUCCCCCCGACCCAGGUGCAGAAACUCAACGCCAAAGGAGGGACAGCACCACAGCUUGAUGCUCCCAUCUCUCAGUUCUCCGGACUGAAGGAUGCAGACCGAGCACAGAAACAUGGAAUGGACGAGUUCAUCUCCGCUAACCCCUGCAAUUUUGACCACUCUUCGCUGUUUGAGAUGGUUCAGCGGUUGACACUGGACCACAGACUCAACGAUUCAUACUCCUGCUUGGGUUGGUUCAGUCCAGGCCAGGUGUUUGUAUUAGAUGAGUACUGCGCCAGGUACGGAGUGCGGGGGUGUCACAGGCACCUGUGUUACCUGAAUGACCUGCUGGAGAGGGCAGAGAAAGGCUCCAUGAUCGACCCCACACUACUCCACUACAGCUUUGCCUUUUGCGCCUCUCACGUGCACGGCAACAGGCCUGAUGGAAUCGGUACAGUCUCAGUACAAGAGAAGGAACAUUUCGAAGAGAUCAAAGAACGACUGCGCGUGCUGCUCGAAAACCAGAUCACACACUUCAGGUAUUGCUUUCCAUUUGGACGCCCAGAAGGAGCCUUAAAAGCCACGUUGUCUCUGCUUGAAAGGGUCUUAAUGAAGGACAUUGUGACACCUGUACCUCAGGAUGAGGUGAAGGCAGUGAUCCGUAAAUGUCUGGAGCAGGCAGCUUUAGUGAACUACCAGCGUCUCUCAGAAUAUGCCAAGGUGGAAGGGAAAAAGAGAGAAAUGUAUGAGCAUCCUGUCUUCUGUUUGGCGUCACAAGUGAUGGAUUUAACCAUUCAAAAUGUAGGACGCUUAGUCACCCCUGCCAAAAAGCUUGAGGAUACACUCCGUCUGGCCGAACUGGUCAUAGAGGUGCUCCAGCAGAAUGAGGAACAUCAUGCAGAGGCUACACGUCCAAGUACGGGAUGUCAGGCGGGUAAAGAGGCAUUUGCGUGGUGGUCAGAUCUGAUGGUUGAACAUGCUGAGACGUUUCUGUCUCUAUAUGCUGUGGACAUGGAUGCGGCACUGGAGGUUCAACCCCCAGAUAGCUGGGACAGCUUCCCUCUCUUUCAGCUGCUCAAUGACUUCCUGCGCAUUGACUAUAAUCUAUGUAAUGGGAAGUUUCAUAAGCACUUGCAAGACCUGUUUGCCCCUCUGGUGGUGAGGUAUGUGGAUCUAAUGGAGUCCUCCAUAGCUCAGUCCAUACACAGAGGAUUUGAACGAGAGUCUUGGGAACCUGUCAAGAGUUUAACAAGUAAUCUGCCCAGUGUCAACCUACCAAAUGUGAAUCUACAAAUGCCUAAAGUACCAAAUCUGUCAGUUAAUCUGCGACCAAUGCAAAUGCCUAGCUUUUCCACCCCCAACUGGAUGCCGGGUUUAUCUGAUACUGAUAAUGGUUCUGGGACUUCAGAAGACUUGUUUUGGAAGCUGGAUGCACUGCAGACAUUCAUAAGAGACCUGCACUGGCCAGAAGAAGAGUUUGCCAAACACCUGGAGAGCCGACUUAAACUCAUGUCCAGUGACAUGAUUGAGUCCUGUGUAAAAAGAACCAGAGCAGCCUUUGAGGUGAAGUUGCAGAAGAGCCCCCGCACCACAGACUUCCGUGUUCCUCAGUCCAUAUGCACCAUGUUCAAUGUCAUGGUGGAUGCCAAGGCCCAAUCCGCCAAACUAUGUGCCAUGGAGCUCAGUCAAGAGUUUGUUAGAGAAUGGAGACAAUACCACUCGCAAAUUGACAAUCUCAUCGAGGAGACGGUGAAAGAAAUGAUUACUUUACUCGUGGCAAAGUUUGUUGUAAUCCUAGAGAGUGUUCUGGCAAAGUUGUCACGUUACGAUGAGGGCACACUUUUUUCCUCCUUCCUGUCAUUUACAGUAAAAGCUGCUUCAAAAUAUGUGGAUGUACCUAAACCUGGGAUGGAUGUUGCCGACAGCUAUGUGACAUUCGUUCGCCACUCUCAGGAUGUCUUGCGGGACAAGGUCAAUGAGGAGAUGUAUAUAGAAAGGUUAUUUGAUCAAUGGUACACCAGCACAAUGAAUCUCCUGGGCACCUGGCUGACAGACCGUAUGGACCUGCAGUUGCAUGUAUAUCAGCUGAAAAUCCUCAUCAGAAUUGUAAAGAAAAAGUAUCGUGAUUUCCGAUUACAAGGCGUAUUGGACUCUACUUUGAACAGCAAGAUGUAUGAGACGGUGAGAAACAGGCUGAUUCUAGAAGAGGCUACAGCAUCUGUAAGAGAGGGGGGGAUGCAAGGCAUAUCCAUGAAGGACAGCGAUGAGGAAAAUGACUAGAUCCUGCUGGAGACGAUUAGGUGUGGACAAUUCGGCCUAAAAAGAUGCAUGUACACCACUGUCCAUCACCCGUACAUGUAUGGAUGUUAUUAACGUCAUGGACUGUGACAAACAAGGGACCAUCUUUAAUCAAAAUGAAACACAAAUAUAUGAAUCUCUAUUCAAAUGACAAAAACAAAAGCGUAUAUAAACCUAAACAUAAAAUUAAUUGAUGUUUGUUUUUUGUUUUUUUUGGGUGGGUGGGGGGAUAAGCAAAAAUGUCUCAAAUUCAUUCCUAAAUGUUUCUAAGCAAUAUGGAGUACCAUUUGUAAACAAUGUUGUGUGAGAUGGUAAGGAAUAAUGCUCGUCGUGUCCCUGUUCAAUGCAAAUCCAUAUGGCGCUUCUUCAACGUAUUGUAAAUACAUUAAUGUUACAUAACUGUGCAAAGACCUCUUGUUUCUUUUGGAGUGUAGGCCAACUGACAUGAUUGUAUUAACUUGUUCAGAUGUUUAUAUAUUCAGCUCACUUCAAUGACAAGUCACACCCAAAAUGUUUUGAGACCUUUUUUUAACAAGUCAGGUAAGAUGAUAUGUUUGUAGCUGUAUUUUAGAGAUGCAAUAUAUUCCCAUAGCUUUGUGAUAUACUUAAACUGAUGUCAAUAUUUUUUUUUUUAUGGUUUUAAGCCAUGCAUAAUUUAAGAAAAAUAUUCAAAAAUAUAUUUAUUCGGUAUUUGGGGGAAAUGACAAGGAAGCUUUUUGUUUGUAUCAUUUUUGUUUCUUUGCAACAAAGCAUUUCUGAUCCUUCUAUUUGGAUAGCCUCUAGUUUUCAUCAUUGCCACUGUUGUUUUGUGUAUAUAGCGCUUUAUAUUCCCCUCUGUGCAGUAGCUGCAUGUUCCAGUUGUCAGAAAUCUUAUCCGAAAGCUUUUGAUUUUGUGGAAAGUAACUGGUGGAUUCAUUCAGCCUUAUGUACACCCACAGCUGGAAUGCAAGAAUCUGGGCUUACAAAAAUAAAAGAAUUCAAACUCA